ACGUGAUGCACAUGGUUUACAUGACGCAACAAACACAUACUUUGAAAUCACAAGCAACACACAUGACACUCCGAACACUUUGUGCCCCUCAGAAGAGCGGUCACGAGCCGCCACUGAUAUUUAGCCGUAUUAGUGAUGCAAUCUGUUAGAAAAGCUUUGGGGUACAAAAAAACAGUCAGUCAGGGGCCAUGGCCCAUGGGUGGGGCUUUGUUUGUGUGACAUCACAUUAACAAAAGAAUCGAAACAGCAUGUCUAAUGAGACUGCUUUGGUUUAGCUGGCAAUAAAUAAGAAGAAGAGGGUUUGCACACUGCCAUCACACAUUUAUGUCCAAACUUUUUGGACAUAAUAUGUGACCUUUAAAGUGCAUUAUAUGUGACUCUGUCUUUGAAAUCCAGGCUCAUAAUCUUUUUGAGAAUUGGAGCAUCAAAAUUUGAUAUCACAUUGAUUUUAAUAUUUGGCUUGAUCUUACACAGUCGAUUUUAAAGUUAUCAAGGUUAUAUUUUCACAGAAUGUUUUUUACGUUAUCUAGGAUGAUUUUAUGUAGAAAACAGUAAACACAAAAAAAUGACUUCAGCUGAGUUUUCACAGGCUGGAUCAUCACAAAUAUGAAAAAUGUCAAAUUAUAGGCCAAAUAAACGACAGGACUUUUUAAGUGCGACUUAAGUGUCCAAAUACUUUUAUGGCCACUAUACAUUUUGACUUUAACUUUUACAAAGAGUUUGUAGCUGUAUGAUUUUAAAAGCCACUUUAUUUGUCAUCAUGGCUGUCUCCAUCUGUUUGUUUAAGGAGUUAGUUACCAUUCUAUUUUGGCAAUGUCUUUUUCUUCGUACAUACUUGCUAAUGGCAGUGUGCCAGACAGGAAUAUGUUGCAGACGAGACGUGGAGCCAGAGAAAGUUGUGUACGGGUCAGUCAGACUGCUCGCCUGACCCCCUCUUGUUUGAAUAGCUCCCUCAUUUGUCCAUCUCAAGUGUAGCAAGGUGUGAACACAGCUUCAUUGUGACAAACAUGACAUGACUGACACUGGCCAUCACUUUCCUCUCUCUCAUAAACUCGAGUGUCUGUUGGCACAGGCGUUGACUUUACCAGCAGGGAAUGAUGUUUUCGUGAACAUGGGAUGAACUUGAAUCCUGGCAACGGAGGUCCUUGUACACGUCUAACCCCAGAUCUGCAAUCUCCACCCUGUUUUUUUUCUCCUCCUACAUCUCAUGGCUGGCUAUGAGAGAAUUUAAAAGGCCAGCAAUAGGUGAGCAUUCAGGUACAUCGUAAGCGGAUCAGAAACAUGCAGGCUCUUGUGGUGCUUUGUGUCUGCUUGGGAACUUUAACAGCGAGAGCAGAUGCAUUGAAUAAACUGGAUAAGACCACAGAGGGAAAUGAAAUAACAGACUUAGAUUCACACAUCAGUUUGUCACCUGAGGCUGAUGUUUCAUCCGUACAACAUCAACUGGAGGAGUCAAGUCCAGCAUUAGGUGAAACAAACCAAACACAAGGAUCAAGGCAUUUAAGGGCCGCAGGCACCGAAAAUAAACAGUCAAUUUUGGGGCGAACGGAAGCUGUGUGGGUGGAGCUUAAUGCUGUAUUAGAGAGAUGGGGAGGAACAUUAGGAAAGCUCAAUACCAUCCUGAGAGGGCUUGAAGACGAGAAAACACGUCUCAUGGACAAAGGUGAAGAGCAAAAAGUAAACAAAAAGAAAGAGGAUGAAGAUGAAGAAGAAGAUGAUGAUGAGGAAGAAGAAGAGGAAGAAGAAGAAGAAGAGGAAGAGGAGGAAGGAAAAGAAGAAGAAGAAAAGGAGGAAGCAGGAAAGGAAGAAGAGGAGGAAGCAGGAAAGGAAAAGGAAGAGGCCGAUGUGACCAACAGCACCCAAAGCAUAGUUUCAUUACCAGAAGGCUGCCAACUGGACGGAGCUCGAAUAUCUUGCAAUUCCUGCUUGACUCAUCUGCCAAUCAUAACAAACUUUACUGGAGUCACCAUACUUGAACUGCCUGGGAACAACUUGAGCACAAUUCCUCCCGAUGGUUUUGACGGACUGCCAAAUCUUGAGGAGGUUGAUCUAAGUAUGAAUAUGCUGGAGGAUUCGUCUUUCGACAUGGAUCUGUUCACGAAUCUGACAAAUCUGAGAAGACUGAAACUGGAUGGCAAUGGACUUACAGCAGUUCCACAUUUGCCAUCUUCUCUGGAGGAGCUGAGGAUACACAACAAUAGAAUAAACCAGCUGGCAUCACACAACUUUAAAGGCUUGACCAAUCUACAAGUCUUAGAGCUGACAGGUAACCUGCUGUAUGAGGGCAGCGUCGCACCCUGGGCUUUCAGACCCCUGAAGGCGCUAAAGUUCUUACGAUUGGAUAAAAAUCGAUUCAGUGCCAUCCCAGCAGGACUGCCCCCAUCUCUAGAGGAGUUGAGAAUGCAAGAAAAUCAAAUUGUGGAAGUGCAGGAUAGGCUUUUGCAUAAAUGCAUCCAUCUAAGAGUGCUCGAUCUCAGUCACAAUCUUCUGAGAGAAAACAACAUCUACCCCAGGGCCUGGAUUAACCUGCCGAAGCUUGAAGUUCUUGACCUGUCCCAUAACCAGAUGGCCGUGGUGCCCUCACACCUGCCGAGAGCCUUGCGUCAGCUUUCCCUUCAGCACAACCACAUCCACGCCAUUCCACCAAACUCACUGAGUCACCUUCGUCCAGGCUUACAGUCUCUGCAUCUCUCCCACAACAUUUUGGAGGAGGAGAGAGUGCUGGGAAGGUCGUUUCGUGGAGUCUAUCAAACACUGGUGGAGCUGCACUUGGACAACAAUAGGCUGGAAACUGUGCCACGCAACAUACGCUACUUCAAGAAUCUCCAGCUACUGCGUCUAGAUCACAACCGUAUAAGCUCUGUUUCAGUGAGGUCUGUAUGUAAGGCUAUAAGUACUGAGAAGUCUCUGCUGUCAGAUGUCCAUUUAGAGUACAACUACAUCGACGUGAAGAAAAUCCCUCGUAAAGCUUUCUCCUGCAUCCAGGACCCCAACAGGAUCAUUCUGGAGCCCCAGACCCUCGCUGUGUUACAGUAAACUCCCGCAGAAACAUCUGUCACUUCACUCUCUGCUUCUCCUUUCAUCCACUUUUAUCCUACUUGAAUACUGUAAACAUCAUGUCCAUUAGAUCCAAUAGUGUGCUAAUAAUGACCUUUUAUUUUGGAAACUUCAGUGUCACUCCAGGGAUUUGACUAUAAAGCUUUAGUCAUUAAAGCUUUACAAAUGCGCAUGCUGACAUGAUUCUUAAAAUGUUUAUGUUUGGGUAAAUAUAAUUUUUGGUUUCCUUUAAGUGAAGCUCAUAACAUUACACAGAAACUUUAGUUAUUCAAUGCUUUUAUUGCACUAUAUCCAUUUACACUUGUAUCUGCAAUAAUAUCUUCAUCUUUUUUAUUCUGAUAUGAUAUGUUAUAAUAUACCAUUUUAAUUUAUAAUACUAUAAUUUUAAAUGACCUUGGCUUGUAUUUAUUUUUGAAUGCAAAUAAAGUAAAUUAUUACAACA